UUCCCAAAAUUGGGUAAUUUUAUGGUUCAGCAGUGGUCACAUGCUCGAUUGUUGUAAAAAUUUUUGUUGCCCCGUCUUCGGCCAGUGGAGGAAUUCAGCUGACAGAUGACUGUUUGAAAUGGGGAAGUGUUGUCUAUACACUAGAACUUUGUUAGCCAGCCAGGCUAGGAAAAGCCUACCGUGGAGCUUACUGUUUGCCAUUUGGUCCCUCUGUACAUUUUAGGCAGGACGUAUGUAAAAGGGAGUUCCUUUUAGUCGCAGCCUGUAGUCACUUGUUGGACAUUGAAGCCAGUGGAGCGUGUAGGGUUAAACAUCAUGUCGGAGUGAAUUUCACUUCUGAAUUAAUCUUCGCCCGGAGGUCCUUGGAGACACAUCAUGUGAUGAGGAUAUUGCUUAAUACCAGGACAUCAUGGCCUUCGGAAUCCUCAGGCUCCCACUCUUCCCUGUUCUGGCUUUGGCCCUAAUGAACCCUUGCACUGGUGCCCCUGAUCCACACCAAAGGGAGAUGCUGAUGCGACAGGAGAUCUCCAGGCAGACAGGGGGCAGUGUGGAUCUGACUCCUGCCGAGCUGCGGCUGAACGCAUACCUGCACAAGUUGAAGGCGAAGGAGAUGGCAUCUGUUCCGUUCCCUCCUUCCAUACAUUUCUUCAAAGCUCGCCCACUCAUCCAGAAGAGUCCUGUCUUUCAACUCUUACAGAAAAUGCCAAAAGGUGCAGCUCUCCAUGUGCACAGCAAGGCCAUGGGCAGCCCCGAGUGGCUGGUGAGGAACGUCACCUACAGGCCCAACUGCUACAUCUGCUUCACGUGGGGCGGCUCAGUGCGGUUCCUGUUCUCAGACGGACAGCCCUACCCACAGUGGGACUGUCUCCGCUGGCAGCUCUUACAAAGCCUCAGAGCUAGCAUGGUUGACCCUGCAAAGUUUGACAAAAGCCUGAUCCAGAACCUCACCCUGUUUACUGAGGACCCAGAGUCAGCAUACCCAAGUGACGAUGCUGUGUGGGCACGGUUUGAGGACGCUUUUAGGAUCAUCUCUGGACUGGUCACCUAUGCAGCUGUGUUUACGGAUUACCUUUACCAAAGCCUGGAAGAAUUCUAUGCAGACAAUGUUAUGUAUGUCGAAAUCAGGAGUGGCUUGACAAGGACUUAUGAGCUUGAUGGAAGCAUCCAUGACAAAAUGUGGUCCAUAAAAGCCUAUAGGGAUGUGAGUGCAAAGUUUUCAGCUAAACAUCCUGACUUUUUGGGGUUAAGGAUCAUAGUUUCUACACACAGGAUCCAGAGUGUAUCUGCAAUCAAGGCGGCAGUCAAAGAGGCCAUUGAAAUGCGAAAGAAUUUCCCAGAACUAAUCGCAGGGUUUGACUUGGUGGGGAGGGAGGAUGAUGGGAUGCCUCUCUGGUACUUCAGGGAAGCGCUGUCUCUCCCUGCUGAGCUUGGUGUCAAGCUACCCUACUAUUUCCAUGCAGGAGAGACUGACUCGGAGGGCACAGAUGUGGAUGCCAACUUGUUAGAUGCCCUGCUGUUCAAUACCAGUCGGAUUGGGCAUGGUUAUGCACUGCCUCACCAUCCUUUAGUCAAAGAACUUUCCAGAAAGAACGGUGUAGCUGUAGAAGUAUGUCCGAUAUCAAACCAGGUGCUGAGGCUGGUCUCAGAUUUGCGUAAUCACCCUGCUGCGGUUCUCUUGACUGAGGGCUACCCAGUGGUCAUAAGUUCUGAUGAUCCCACCCUGUUUGGGAACCCCGGACUCUCCUAUGACUUCUACGAGGCCUUUGUUGGGAUUGGAGGGAUGAGUGCUAACUUGGGCACUCUAAAAGAACUCGUUAUGAAUUCAAUCAAGUACAGCUCUCUGUCCCCAGACUUAAAGAAGAAAUUGAUGAACACGUGGCAGGAUAAAUGGAACAAAUUUAUUUCUGACCAAAUUGAUUAAGAUGCGGAUCAUUGUGAAGACCCAGAUCCGCUCUGACCCCCUCUCAGGAGGCCUUCCGACCAUAUGCUGCAAGAGGUGAAAAAGGAAAGCAGCAUAAAUAAUCUUUUUUCUUUCUUAAUGUAUUUUUUGGGGCUUUUAUGCCUUUAAUAUUAUAGGAUAGUGGAGAAUGACAGGAAGUGAAUGGGAGAGAGAGUCGGGGUGGGCUCCGGAAAGGACCACGGGCGGGAAUCGAACCCAGGUCGCUGGCGUGCGGUGAAGGUGCCCCAGCCAGUUGCGCCACAGCUUGGGCCCCCAGCAUAAAUAAUCUUAAAUUAAAAUCAAGAUCAAAUGUUCUUUGCCUGACCUUUUGCUUGACCUUUCUUUGUAGGUUUUGUUUCAAGCUAUUUUGUCCUUUUUAAGUUUGUAAGUAGAAUUGUUCCUGUUCUGUUGGCGGAUAGUCAUGUCAUGCCAUACAUCAUUCAUUUUAUAGCAUUCCCCAAAAAGCUGUUGUAAAGUCUGCAAUGCUUUUUAUGGAUGAUAUUCUAGUCUGCUCGGACUUACUAUAUUAUUAUUAUUAUUAUUAUUAUUCAUAAUUAAAUGACAACAGCACUGUAAUAUAAUAUUUUAACAGACAGCUCAUAGCCAACCCCCCCUGCACAAAUUAGGAACUUUCCCCUGUCCCACUUAGGGACAGGAAGUAAAUUACCCAAUUUCAGGGUGCUCCAGUUUCAUGGGGGAAAGACUUUGGGCAGGACCAGGAAGUGACAGUGUGCAUGUGAGGGUGUGUUUGUGUGUGAAGGAGAAAAAUAGUCAGUUUAAAUGUUAUGGGAAGAGUCGGGCGGGUUGGUAAAAAGGAGGGGCUACCUUUUCACAAAAUGUGAUUGUUUUACUUUAUUUUACUUUGAAAAUGCAUUAUUUUAUUGUCUGUUUAAUUGUUCUGCUUUUAUACAAAACUUUAUAACUUGGUUCUGGAUAAAUAAAGAUUAUUAUUA